AUGUCGCCGAAAUCGUUCCGAAUUGUAGUGUUGCCGGGUGACGGCAUCGGCCCCGAGGUCACUGCUGAAGCCAUCAAAGUCCUCGAAGCCGUAUCGGCCGGCUUUCCAGACGUCGAGCUAAAACUUGAGACACAUCUCUUCGGAGGAUGCGCGAUCGAUGCGACAGGCGAACCUCUUCCUGAGACCACUUUGAAAGCUUGUAAAGAGGCAGAUGCUAUUCUCAUGGGUUCCAUUGGCGGUCCCAAGUGGGGGGUGAACACCAAAGUCCGCCCCGAGCAGGGUCUCCUAGCCAUUCGUAAAGCGCUAGGCCUGUAUGCGAACAUCCGUCCCGCCAAUUUCGCUUCCGAUUCCCUCAUCGCAAACUCCCCUCUCAAAGAGUCGAUCACGAAAGGUGUUGAUCUCAUCGUCGUUCGCGAGCUCAUCGGUGGCGUGUAUUUCGGCGAGCGAAAGGAACAGGGUGUCGCCCCCAAUGAGGACGUCGCCUGGGACACCAUGCCGUAUAGCGUCGCGGAAGUUCAGCGCAUCACGCGUGUGGCCGCUCAGAUUGCUCUGGCCGCCAACCCUCCGCUUGCAAUUCAUUCUGUCGACAAGGCGAACGUGCUGGCGAGCUCGCGAUUAUGGAGGAAGGUCGUGACAGAGACGAUCCAAACCGAGUACCCUCAGCUUCAGCUCGACCAUCAACUGGUUGACUCUGCCGCUAUGAUGAUUGUUGCGAGCCCGAGGAAGCUAAACGGCGUUAUCCUCACAGAAAAUCUAUUUGGUGACAUUCUUUCAGACGAAGCGAGUGUGAUUCCAGGAUCCCUCGGCCUUCUUCCCUCUGCAUCGCUCGCAGGCGCACCUUCCGUCCCAUCCUCUACUUCCUUCAAGCCGACAUCAGGACUUUACGAACCCAUCCAUGGCUCCGCCCCAGACAUCGCCGGCAAGGGAAUCGCGAAUCCCAUCGGAACCAUCCUGAGCGCCGCGAUGCUGCUUCGAUACUCUUUAGGGCUCGAAGCGCCAGCUGCAAUCAUCGAGACCGCCGUUAGAAGAACGCUCGAUGGGAAAGACGUUGGCGGUUUUGAACUGAGGACGGCAGACCUCGGAGGAAAUGUUGGAACAAAAGAAAUGGGAGAGAAGAUUAUCGAAGUUAUCAAGUCUUUGUUAUAA